AUGACAACUAUAGAAGCUGUGAAAGAAGUCCUAGUUCUUUAAGAAAACAAAGAUUUCACUCAAAGGUUAGUGAUGGCCGGAUCUGGUUAUGCUUAUAGAGGCUAUUCCACCUACAGUGGUGUUCCACCUAGUUCUGAUGAAUGGAGCAAAACAAGCUAUGCCUCUGACACUGAUCAAUAUUUGUGCCAGCCUGUCAUCGUCGAUGCAGAGGAAAGGAAAUUGGCAAUCAUGUUGGCAACUCCCAAUUACAUUGCACAAGGCUAUGUUACAAAAGUUCAGGCAGUUGUUGAGCACCCAGUACCUUUGGUGAUAGGACCAAAAGUUGGGAAAGACUAUAGAUACAAACAUCGCUCCCCACCAAUGGAUGAGCCAGUGAAAGACAAUGGUUACAAGGUUGAGCCAUGGAAGGACUAUGGAUACAAAAAUAGCUUCCCAACAAAGGCUGAGCCAAUGAAAGACUCUGGAUACAAGGGCGAGCCCGUGAAAGACUAUAAAUACAAGACUGAGCCGGUCAAAGGCUACGGAUACAAGCCCGAGCCUAUGAGAGACUAUGGAUACACGGCUGAGCCGCCUGUGAAAGACAGUGGAUACAAGGUCGACCCAACGAAAGACUACGAAAAUAAGGCUGAGCCAAUCAAAGACUACGGCUAUAAGACUGAGCCAAAAAGAGACUACGGCUAUAAAGCUGAGCCAAUGAAGGAAUAUGGUCAAGUCGAGCCAAUGAACGAUUAUAAAUACGCGAAUGAUAAGUGGCAUAGGCCUUCGAGUCCAAUUCAUGAUCGCCCGCAAAAAGUUGAGGAUUACACUGAAAAUGGUCGAAGAAGGAGGUUUCAAGAUGGACGACAAUACAAUAAUUACUCACUCAAUGCGAGUACAAACAUUCCUAAGGAGCCCAGUAGCGAUCGCUCUGUCAAGCCGCCUGAAAAUCUUCCCAGGAAUGGAAAUGCUAUGGAACCAACAAUGAUCAAUAAUGGAGGCUGGGUUAGGCCAAAUCGUGCUACGUGGUCUACACCACCACCAAGUCAUCAUGAUGCCACUCUUAGCAAAUCUACACCUGAUCUUGGCACAGCCGUGGAGAAUUCGAAAGAAGCAUUGAAGCCUUUAUCUGUCUCUGGUCCUACUCCUCGGUUCUCAGUACCACCAAUGUCAAAAACAGUGCCAAAAAAAGAUGCCUACACAGAAACCAUUGAUAGUAGGGAGGCUGCAAGGCGGUAUAACAACUUAAAAUAUCUACCACCAGCAGAAGACAACUACACCAAAACCAUUGAUAGCAGAGAGGCUGUUAGGAAGUAUGGUGGUGCAAUAAUUGGUUAAGCCUCAAGUCAAUGCUUCUAGCUGGGACGUUUGUUUUGAGAUACUGGUCCGUUCCAUCAGUCUAUUUUCCCUUAUAUUUACGCAAUUACUAUUAUAUAUGUGAGUUUAUAAUUAAGUUGUAUUGCCUCUAAUAAUAAAAUAAACUCUUGUAAAAUGCAUGAGCAAUAGACUUAAUGCUUUCAUCCAUGAAUUAUUUUCAUGCACACAAAUA